AUGGAUUUGUAUCUGAUUGGAUAUUUGAUGUGUGUGUGGUUGUCCAGCUCACGGGUGCUUGGAGGCUAUCCCAUCUGGUGGUCCCUUGCCCUUGGGCAGCAGUACUCGUCUCUGGGCUCCCAACCCAUCCUGUGCGGCUCUAUCCCUGGUCUUGUGCCCAAGCAGUUGCGUUUCUGCCGCAACUACAUUGAGAUCAUGCCCAGUGUCGCUGAAGGUGUGAAACUGGGGAUACAGGAAUGCCAGCACCAGUUCAGGGGGCGUCGAUGGAACUGCACCACCAUCAAGGACAACCUAGCCAUCUUUGGCCCCGUGUUGGAUAAAGCAACUCGAGAGUCUGCGUUUGUCCAUGCUAUCGCCUCGGCGGGCGUCGCUUUCGCAGUGACGAGGUCCUGCGCUGAGGGCACGUCCACCAUGUGCGGCUGCGAUUCCCACCACAAGGGGCCCCCGGGUGAGGGCUGGAAGUGGGGAGGAUGCAGUGAGGACGCAGAGUUUGGAGUGCUGGUGUCCAGGGAGUUCGCUGAUGCCAGAGAGAAUCGUCCAGAUGCUCGAUCAGCGAUGAACAGACACAACAAUGAGGCAGGACGCACGACCAUCCUCGACCACAUGCACCUGCGCUGUAAAUGUCACGGCCUGUCAGGAAGCUGUGAGGUGAAGACCUGCUGGUGGGCACAGCCAGACUUCCGCAUGCUGGGUGACUACCUGAAGGACAAAUACGACAGCGCCUCAGAGAUGGUGGUGGAGAAGCACCGUGAGUCCCGAGGAUGGGUAGAGACACUGCGAGUCAAAUACCCCUUCUUCAAGCACCCUACUGAGCGUGACCUCGUCUAUUAUGAGGGGUCGCCCAACUUCUGCGAGCCCAACCAGGAGACAGGUUCCUUUGGGACCCGGGACCGCGCCUGUAACGUGUCAUCGCAUGGCAUCGAGGGCUGCGACCUGCUGUGCUGCGGCCGAGGCCACAACACCCGAACUGAGAAACGCAAGGAGAAGUGUCACUGCAUCUUCCACUGGUGCUGCUACGUCAGCUGUCAAGAGUGUGUACGUGUUUAUGACGUUCACACAUGCAAGUGAGAGACGGCCUGCGCUUUGAGACUGCUGGACUACAAGUGUAGCCCACCCAUCCCUCACCUCCCCAACUCCUGCACGGCUACCCUGCUUCCUCAACACAGACUUGCACACAUUAUGCAUCCACACACACACACACACGCACUUACACACACACAUGCACAACAACACAUCAUCUACACACGCACUCGCCCAAAUGGGUCUUGGCACAUUAGUAAUGGAUACUUUUUUGUAAAACCCUGCACUAGAAUCUGUCUUCCAGACCACUACAUUCAUUUCCAUAAUAUCUGACUAGAAAGUGUCCUGUGUUGACCUGAUGCAUAGUCUGGUUAUUUCCCAUUAUGGGAAGAAGCUAGAG